CAGGGAGGAGGCGGCGACCCGAGGAACUGAGCGCUGCGCUUGGAGAGCCCAGCGUCCGGAGCGGGGUGCCACCCCCGGGGUGCCCUCUGGUAGACAUGGGCAGAGCCCUGGCCCCCGCCCUGCUGCUGACCUCCCUCCUGGGCUCCGUGGCGGAGCUGGGCCCGGGCGCAGGGGAGCCGGCCGUGACGGUGGCGGUGGUGUUUGGCGGCUCAGGCCCGCUGUGGCAGGAACGGAGCCCGGCUCACCCCCGCCUCAGCCCGCAGGGCUUUGUGGACCUGCCGCUGGAAGUCCGGCCGCUGCCCGUCGUGGUCAAUGACACCAACCCCGGCACCCUGCUGACGCGGCUCUGCGACCUGCUGGGCACGGCCCAGGUCCACGGCGUCGUCUUCGAGGACAACGUGGGCACGGAGGCCGUGGCCCAGCUUCUCGACUUCGUCUCCUCCCAGACCCGAGUGCCCAUCGUCAGCAUCAGCGGGGGCUCCGCAGUGGUCCUCACCCCCAAGGAGCCCGGCUCAGCCUUUCUCCAGUUGGGGGUCUCCUUGGAGCAGCAGAUCCAGGUGAUGUUUAAGGUGCUGGAGGAGUACAACUGGGGCUCGUUCUCCGUCAUCACCAGCCUGCACCCCGGCUACAGCCUGUUCCUGGAGGGCGUGCGCGCCUUCACGGACGCCAGCUACUUCGGCUGGGAGCUGCAGGACACGCUGACCCUGGAGCUGGGCCCGGGGACCGCAGGCUCGAGCACCCAGCGCCUGCUGCGCCAGCUGGACACCGAGGUGCUGGUGGCCUACUGCUCGCGGGAAGAGGCCGAGGUCCUGUUCGCCGCCGCCGGGCAGGCCGGGCUCCUCGGCCCGGGUUACGUGUGGGUGGUGCCCAGCGUGGCGGUGGGCAGCACGGAGGCCCCGCCGCCCGUCUUCCCCGUGGGCCUGAUCAGCGUGGUGACCGACGCCUGGCGCCUGAACCUGCUUCAGAAGGUGCGCGACGGGGUCACCAUCUUGGCCCUGGGAGCCCACAGCUACCGGCGGCGCUACGGCGCUCUGCCCCCCCCGGCCCGCGACUGCCGGGAGACCCCCGGACCCGCCGGCUCCGCCCGAGACGGUUUUUACAGGCACCUGCUGAACGUCACUUGGAAAGAGCGGGAUUUCUCCUUCAACGCCGGCGGCUACCUCGGGCACCCCUCCAUGGUCGUCAUCUCGCUCAACCGGCACCGGCUCUGGGAGAUGGUGGGGCGCUGGGAGCGGGGCAUAAUCCACAUGAAGUACCCGGUGUGGCCCCGUUACGGUUCCUUCCUGCAGCCGGUGGUGGACAGCCGGCACCUGACAGUGACCACACUGGAAGAGCGGCCCUUCAUCAUCGUGGAGCACCCCGACCCGGCCACCGGCGGCUGCGUCCCCAACACCGUGCCUUGCCGCCAGCAGGGCAACGGGACGGCCAGUGAUGGGCCUGGGGAACCUUACACGAAGCUGUGCUGCAAAGGCUUCUGCAUCGACAUCCUGAGGAAGCUGGCCAAAGUGGUCAAGUUCUCCUACGACCUCUAUCUGGUCACCAACGGCAAACACGGCAAGAAGGUGCGGGGCGUCUGGAACGGCAUGAUUGGAGAGGUGUACUACAGGCGAGCGGACAUGGCCAUCGGCUCUCUGACCAUCAACGAGGAGCGCUCCGAGAUCAUCGACUUCUCCGUGCCCUUCGUGGAGACGGGCAUCAGCGUCAUGGUGGCCCGGAGCAACGGCACCGUCUCCCCCUCUGCCUUCUUGGAGCCGUACAGCCCUUCCGUGUGGGUGAUGAUGUUCGCGCUGGGUCUCACCGUGGUGGCCGUCACCGUCUUCAUGUUUGAGUACUUCAGCCCCGGCGGCUACAACCGCGAUCUCGCCAGCGGCAAGAGGUCCGGGAGCUCCUCCUUCACCAUUGGCAAGUCCGUGUGGCUGCUGUGGGCGCUGGUCUUCAACAACUCGGUGCCCAUCGAGAACCCUCGGGGUACCACCAGCAAGAUCAUGGUCCUGGUCUGGGCCUUCUUCGCCGUCAUCUUCCUCGCCAGCUACACGGCCAACCUGGCGGCCUUCAUGAUCCAGGAGCAGUACAUAGAUACCGUGUCGGGGCUCAGCGACGGGAAGUUCCAGCGCCCCCAGGAGCAGUACCCGCCCUUUCGCUUCGGCACUGUGCCCAACGGCAGCACGGAACGCAACAUCCGCAGUAAUUACCGGGCCAUGCACGCACACAUGGCCAGGUUUAACCAGCGCUCCGUGGAGGAGGCCCUCACCAGCCUCAAGAUGGGGAAGCUGGACGCCUUCAUCUACGACGCGGCCGUGCUCAACUACAUGGCGGGCAAGGACGAGGGCUGCAAACUAGUGACCAUCGGCUCCGGGAAGGUGUUUGCCACAACCGGCUACGGCAUCGCUCUGCAGAAGGGCUCGCAUUGGAAACGGGCCAUCGACCUGGCCCUGCUGCAGUUCCUGGGGGACGGGGAGACGCAGAAGCUACAGGCAACGUGGCUGUCCGGAAUCUGCCAGAACGAGAAGAACGAGGUGAUGAGCAGCAAGCUGGACAUCGACAACAUGGCGGGGGUCUUCUACAUGCUGCUGGUGGCCAUGGGGCUGUCCCUGCUGGUCUUCGCCUGGGAGCACCUGGUCUACUGGCGACUGCGCCACCAGGUCCCCCAGGGGCCCCCGCCGCUGGACUUCCUGCUGGCCAUCAGCAGGGGCAUCUACAGCUGCUUCCGGGGGGUGGAGAACCUGGCCGGCCCCGCGCCGCCCCGCAACCCGGCCCUGGCGACCGGCUCCGCCCAGGCCAGCGUGCUCAACCUGCUGCAGACGGCCCGAGCCCUGGUGAGCACGGCCGGCGUGGACAGUUCCCUGGAGCAGGCCGCCCGCACCAUCGAGAGCUGGGGCAGCCGCCGGGAGGCCCCGCCGCCCGCCUUCGUCCCGCGACCUCCGCCGCCCGCCUACUCGCCGCGGCCCCCUCAGCUCCUGCCGGCCCCUCCCGGGCCUCCCUGCGGAGGAGGACUGGGGGUCGGGAGGCGUCCGGGGGGCCCCCGAGGCCUGGUGGUGGUGAGCAGCGCCCCUCAGCCUCUGGUCCACCUCUUGCCCCCGGAGAGGGCCCUGCCGGACCUCUUUCGAGAGCCCGGACGGGGCGGGCGCCUCUUCUCCUCCUCCUCUCUCUCCGAGCGGCGCCGGUCCCCGGGGAGUCCCGGCUCGGGCCGCCCCUGCCUCCCGCCUUUCCCGGAGCCCCCCGAGCCGGAGGAUCUGUCGCUCCUGCGGCGGGAGCAGCUGGGCCGGCGGGAGGCUCGGCUCGGGGCAGCCCGGUCCCCCCGGGGCCCGCGCCCCGCCCUCCUCCCCGCUGGAAGCUCCCCCGGGGGACCCCGCGCUGACCGGAGCCGCCGGGCCCCUGGGCAGCCUCGGCCGCUGCCCUCCGUCGGGGAGGGAGGCCACGCCGAGCCCUCUUGCCCCCAUACUUACGCCAACCUGACCCCGUGCUGGGGGUCGGGCUGCCCGCCACCCCCUCCCUGUGCCAGCCAGGGCCCCUGUGGGCCGCGAAAACGCGGACAGAGGACCCUGACCUGGGGCGUCGGCUACCGGGACCGAGGUGGGUGGGAGUCCGGGACAGGGGGGGAGGAGGAGGAGGAGGAGGUCGCCGUCAGCCGGGCACACGGCCCUCCAGGGACUCGGGCCUGGCGGCGCAUCUCCAGCUUGGAAUCGGAGGUGUGAGUGGUCGGGGUUCGGGGGUGGACAGAAGGGCUCUCAGCCGCGAGGGGCCCGGGUGAUAGUGGGUGAACCUCUCCCAUCGGGGUACGAGCCACUCUCAGAGCUCGGGUCUUCUCUACACCCCACUGGCUCCCCACUGCCCCUGCUACUGCUAAGCAGACCGAAUCCCACACCUUCCACCGUCACCAGAGUAACUCCACUGACCUCUGACCCGGGAGGGGGUGGGGGUGUUGCUGCGGAAAGUCGGUCCGGGAUUCGGCGGGGAGGGGACGACUCAGAGCCUCAGCGACCCCGCGCGAUGGUAGUGGGGGCCCGGCGGCCCGAGGAUGGUCCCGGUGGCUCCUGGCAAGUUUUAGGGCAUCAAAGGUUCCAGGAUGGGAGAAGGCUCUGGGGCAAAGCUGCCUUUCUGAAAGUCGGUCCCCGAGCCUCAAUCCCAGAGUCCCGCGUGAGCUAUUAAACAAACACGGACUAAGUCGGACUUGCCCCUACUGCCUUCUUCUGCCCUGACCAAGGGGAAGAGCCAGCCACCUGCCCUGCUACUUCUUCGGCGAGGCCGCGAGGCUCCAUUGCCUCGCAUGGCCUCCCCAGCGGGGGUGGCGGGCGGAGAGUCACGGGGGGCGCAGGUGCAUGUGUCUGUAUGUAGGGGUUGGGGGGAAAGAGUCCCAGGGAGAGGCAGAGUGCAGGGGAAGGGAUGGGAAAAAGUCUGGGAAGAGGGCCAUGGAGGCAACAGCCCGGGGGACUUAGGGUUGGGGAUAGUACCGCGGGUGACUCAGUGGGCCCCGGGGCCUGGUGGUUUAGGGCUGGGGGAGGGGAAGACUAAGCAGCCGAGAGAGCCUUCGGGCACUUAGACCGCCGCCCACCCACUGCCUCCUUCCGCUAGCCCCCCAGUCCAAGUUGACAAGUGUCCCCACUCCCCUCCUCCCGCCCAGGACUCAGGCUAUGGCGGCGCCCAGCAGGGUCUUCCAGCACAGCUGCCCGCACACGCCCAGGAGCUGCUGCGCCACAGUGGCCGGGGACCGUCCCCUUCUCCCUCCUCCCCACAGACCGGGCCCGGAAUGGAGGUGGCCAGGGGGCAUGGAGCUCUGCCAGCCUCAGGCCCGUCGUCCUCCUGCCGCCGCAGCCGCCGGCUGGGGCUGCGAGCCCAAGCUUGGUGGAUGCCGUGGCGGGCAAGGGUCGGGGGGCAGCCCGGACCUGUAGUUCGGGAGUCCCUUCAUCCUUCCCACCACCUUCCCCUCAGCCCCGGAGAAGGUCGGGGCGCCCCCAGCCUCCCAGGGCGACCUGCCUCUCUCUCGGGCCUGUCUCCUGACAGGGUGGUGGACCCAGCUAGAACAUUUGACUCCUGAUUCUGCCCCAGGGGGUUGGGGUAGAGACCUCGGUGAUGAAAGGAUUAAAAAGCCUGGGGUCCUGCCCUUCGCCCCUCGGUGGGGCAGACGGAAAGGCGGGGUUGGUGGGGAAGGGUUCUCCCCGCCGCCCGCUGCUGGAGCCGAGCCCGGGAGCUUGCAAGACAUCACAUCCCGAAUGGCGAGAGGCGGAUAUUCGGCUUCACGCCCCCUUCCUGCACUGUCCCCACCUGGACCCCCCAAAUUCGAGCCUGCCCCGCCCCAACCCCCGGGAGGGCGAGUUGAGGAGGCUAAAUGCGUUGCGGGGCAGACCUGCGCUAGGUCUCUCUAGGCCUCUGGUUUCCCUGCCUCAGUUUCCCCCUCUCUCUGCAGAGAAGGCGGCCUCUCCCUGUCUUUGGAGUGUUCCUUCCUUCCCCUCCUUCCGUCGGACUGGCCUCGUCCACGUAA